AUGGUGAGGGCGGGGAGUGCCAGGCGAGGGCGGUGUGUGUCAGGUCAGGGCGGUGAGUGCCAGUUGAAGGCGGGGAGUGCCAGGUCAGGGCGGUGGGUACAGGUCAAGGCGGUGAGUGCCAGGACCCCAGAAGCCCCCUCCUCCCACGACCCAGGAUCCCAGAAGUCCUCCCCCUUCCACGAUCCUGGACCCCAGAAGUCCUCCCCCUCCCACGAUCCAGGACCCCAGAAGCCCCCCCCCCACGAUCCAGGACCCCAGAAGCCCCCCCCUCCCACUAUCCAGGACCACAGAAGCCCCCCUCUCACGACUCAGGACUCCAGAACCUACCCCCUCCCACGACCCAGGACCCCAGAACCCACCCCCUCCCACGACUCAGGACCCCAAAAGUCCCCGGCCUCCCACGACCCAGGACCCCAGAACCUUACCUCCAACCACACCCCCAACACCCCCUUAGCUCUCUCCAAUGUCUCCUAG